AUGCAAAUUGCUAAAAGACAGUGUCAUUGGCAGGCCAGUGGGGAGAAUGGACAGACACUGCAACAAACAGCUGAAGACAGAGACAAUCCGAGUUUGCUGAGCCAUGUCACAGUGGUUAUUAAAGUUCUGGAUGUCAAUGACAAUCCACCCGAACUUGCCAGGGAAUAUGAUAUUGUUGUCUGUGAAAAUUCUAAGCCUGGCCAGAUUAUUCAUACCAUCAGUGCCACUGAUAAGGAUGAUUUUGCCAAUGGACAAAGGUUUAACUUCUUUCUUGAUGGGCAUCUGUCUAUAAACCCAAACUUCACUCUGAAGGACAAUGAAGAUAACACAGCCAGCAUUCUGACAAGGCGGAGGAGAUUUAGUCGAACUAUUCAGGAUGUGUAUUACCUCCCCAUUAUGAUCUCUGACGGUGGAAUCCCCUCUCUCAGCAGCAGCAGUACCCUCACCAUCAGGGUUUGUGCGUGCGAGAGAGACGGGCGCGUGCGGACCUGCCAUGCAGAAGCCCUCCUGUCCUCGGCUGGCUUGAGUACAGGAGCCUUAAUCGCUAUUCUACUGUGUGUUGUCAUUCUCCUAGCAAUUGUAGUACUUUUCAUCACCCUGAGACGCAGCAAAAAAGAGCCCCUGAUCAUUUCAGAGGAGGACGUGCGGGAGAACGUGGUCACCUAUGAUGACGAGGGUGGUGGUGAGGAAGACACCGAGGCCUUUGACAUCACAGCCUUGAGGAAUCCGUCUGCUGCAGAGGAGCUCAAGCACCGGAGAGAUAUCAGACCUGAAGUGAAACUCACCCCCAGGCACCAGAUGUUUUCCACCCUGGAAAGUAUAGAUGUUCAGGAGUUUAUUAAGCAAAGACUGGCUGAAGCCGACCUAGACCCCAGCGUCCCGCCUUAUGACUCUCUGCAGACUUACGCCUAUGAGGGUCAGAGAUCAGAAGCUGGGUCCAUCAGCUCGCUGGAUUCAGCAACCACACAAUCAGACCAGGAUUAUCAGUACCUUGGAGACUGGGGACCCGAGUUUAAAAAGUUAGCUGAACUCUAUGGAGAAAUAGAAUCUGAAAGAACAACUUAGGGGGUCAAUUCUUGCAACCUUCUAGAAUUUGCUUCCUGAGCAAGUGGAGAUAUAACCCCAGCAAUGGCAAGGAAGAAGCUUGGAUUAACAGUACUAGGAACUGAGCAAGCAGAGCACAGCUACUGUAGAAACAAGUGCCCUUUUCAUGAUCGAAACUGGGUUAUUUAAUCGGAAGAAAGUCAAAUUAAAAAAAAAAAUACAGAGAAAAAGCUAUUGAUUGUUCCUUGUGUAUAUUUUCAAUUGCUCAAUAAAGUCUGUGUACUGUUUAAUGAAGAA